AAGCCGGAGCUAUCCAAACAAAAGGCGACUCUUGUCUUAGCGACGAUAGCGGAAAACGACAUGUCCUGGGUGGACAACGAACUGGGCGAUCUCCUCAAGAACAAGACCCAACUCGACACAGCGAUCUACGUAGCCGACGACCCUUCUGCCAAAUUUCACGUCCCCGAGAACAAAGGCCACGAAGCAAUGGUCUGGCUGACCUGGAUGAUCGACAUGUACGACAAGCUCCCCGAAGUCACCAUCUUCAUGCACGGCCACCCAGCCGCCUGGCACAACAAUUUCAUCCUGGAGAUGUCCUCCUCUCAAAUGGUGCGUCACUUGAACCUCGAAAAAGUGCGGCGGGACGGCUACGUCAGCCUUCGAUGUCACUGGCAUCCCGGCUGUCCCACGCAUAUCCACCUCAACGAGACAGUGGAGGAUCCCAAUAAGCCAGAAGAGGUGCAAGUCCGUGAAGCUUGGAAAGAGCUCUGGCCAUCCGAGCCUAUACCUGAAGUCCUGUCGACACCAUGCUGCUCGCAAUUCGCCGUCUCCAGAGAUCAAAUUCGGGUCACGCCCAAGGAGAGAUACAUCGAGAUCCGAACUUGGCUGCGCAAGAGCAAGCACCCCAGCUUCAUCGUCGGACGCAUCUUCGAAUACAUCUGGCACGUAAUCAUGAACAACGGCUCCCUGAUCUUCUGUCCGGAUCCGCGAGUCUGCUACUGCGAGGUGUACGAUGUGUGCAUGUCGCCCGACGAGUACAUGGAGUACUUUGACAUCGGCGAGGCGUGGCGGGGCGUGACGCACGAGCUGAGAUUGUGGAAA